UCUGGACGAAACGAAACCGAACGCGAAUUGAGCCAAACCGUGCGUGCUGCUGUGCUUGGUUCUACUACUGUGAUUAGUUAUCGAGGUCGAAGAUUGGCACUUUCCCGUUUUUUCGCGGCUUUUUGGAUCCAAAAUCGUCAGCCCCAUAGUUGCAGCAGGGUGCCGAGAAACCACCAUUCCACGCAGAACAAGGACGCAACUAGACAUCAUCCGUGGGAAUUGAAUUCUUGAGAGAAGAAAAAAAAACAUGGCAGAACCAAGCAAGGACGAACUUCGCAAAGAAAUUGCUGUAAUUCUCAAGGAUGCCAACCUGGAGGAAACAGCCGCCAAGAAGGUGCGCCUUCAGCUGGAAGCCAAUCUGAACUGCGAUCUAUCCACCCGGAAGAAGGAAGUCGACGAUCUGGUAAUGGAGUAUGUUAACGCACAGGACGAGUCCGGAGAGGAGGAGGAGGAAGAAGACGACGAAGAAGAAGAAGAGGAGGAGAAACCGGUUAAGAAAGUCGAGAAAAAGCCAGCCGGCAGGCCCAAGAAAAAGAAGAGCGAGGAUGAAGAUGAAGAUGACGAUGACUCGGAUGACAAUGCCGGCAAGAAGAAGGGUAAACGCGGUGCACCGGCUAAACGUGGACCAGCAAAGAAGAAGAAGCGUGGAUCGGACAGCGACGAAGAUUCAGAUGGAUCCGGAGAAUCGGAUGAUGAUUACAAGCCGAACAAGGUACCGAAAGGGGCUGCCAAGAAAGGUCCGACUACCGGCCGAAAAAGCACCGGUUUCACUCGGCCUUACACCCUGUCACCGGAACUGGCCGCCAUCUGCGGUGCAGAUUCUCUUCCCCGACAUGAAGUGGUCAAGAAGGUUUGGGCCAUCAUCAAGGAGCGGAAUCUGUAUGACCCGAAGAACAAGCAGUUCGCCAUCUGCGACUCUGAGCUGCAGAAAGUCAUCGGUGUCAAGCGGUUCCGUACGUUCGGUAUGCUCAAAUAUUUGAAACCGCAUUUCCUGAACUAAUCGUAAGCAAAUAGUGGCGCAAAAGUAUGUACGUACCAUUCUCAACUUUUAGUUGUCUCUAUCUUAUAACUGUUUGCCGACUGCGGGAAGGCCACUUCCAGUAAGCCACUCACUACUAAUAUUACAUAAUGGACAAAUGUGUGUUUUAUGCAAGACAAACUUAUUCCGUAGAUUUCGUUCCCGAAAGCAAAUCAAAAAUGGGAGGUAAACUCGAAGCUAAGGCAUCGUCCUGGUUUUUCGGAAGUUAUUGUAUGAAACUAAUAGUUGUGAAAAAUAGAAUCUAGGCGCAUGAUGAAAGCAGCAUAUUUUCGAAUUCACCUAAACAAAUAUUAAAAAAUACGAACAAGUAAUAGUUAUAUUAACAUGCACUACAAUGACCCGAUGGUGAUUCUAUCGAGGCAACAUGAUUAAAUUUUAUUUUAUUUUUUCCGCAUUUUCGACGGAAUGAAUCGAAAAUGGGAUACAAUUGGUUUUAUUUUAUCAAAACUAUGGUAGCACCUAGAAAUAUAAAACGCAAGAGUUCAUAUGAUUGUGGUAAGAGCAAAAAUAAGUUUCUACAAAUAAAAGUAAUCAAA